AUGGAAAUCAGACACCCACGACGAAUUCUCGCUGUCGGAGCACCAGAAUCAGGCGUUCUCAACCUACUCAGAGAUCUCACAGGUUCCGCACCCGAGCUCGUCUCCGACACCACCGCCGGCCUCUCCCACGAAUGGCACCUUGAAACCAAGUACUACACCGCCAAGCUCCCCAUCUGGAUCGACGAGAUACCCAUCGUUUCCGAAUGGCGCUCCGAAUUUACGAAGCCCGAAGCUAGGGAAGUCGUGUCCGUGCUUGCCGCAUGGAUCUUCUGCUUCAGGAAACCCGUCACGAACAAAGACGUCGAGGUUGUGAAGGAGACACUGCAGGCGAUUGCGGAUGUGAUUGAAAAGGCAUGCGGAUAUAGCGGCGAGAUGGUGUGUUUAGCGGUUGCCAUGCCGCAGAGCACGACACCAUAUCUCGAGAAGAGCGCCGAGGAGUGGGAAGAGGUGUGUAUGGAGUAUGGAUUUGAGUUUGUGGACAGCGAGGCGAAGGGGAAGAAUGAGUUUGGGGAGGACAUGGGGAUCAAGAGAGUGGAGGAGGCGCUUAAGGCUAACGAGUGGGAUGGUGAUAGUGGAGCGGCGGACUUGGGAUUCGAUGAGGAAGAAGAGUUCGGAGAGGGGCUUGAUGCGGAAGAGAGGGAAAUGGGGAUGGAGUUGUUUGGUAUGAAGAAUGCGGUCCAUGGGUUGGAGGAGGAUGAGGAGGCGCAAGUCGAAGAGCUGGAGAAUUUGAUGCGGCGCAUGGUUGCUAUUAAAGAUAUAGGCGAGGAUAUGCCGGAAGCCGACCGCAAACGCUUCGCCGCCAAAGCCGUCAACGAUCUAAUGAAGGACCUAUGA